CACGGGAGCCUGGGGCAGAUUUUGGGCUGAACCCUCAUUUCCUCUGUGUGGAGCUCAGUGCACACCCUCGGAGCUGAUGGGGCUUGGCCAUACCCCGCGGUGAGUGCCCAUCUCUGCCAGGCCUGCAGCUCACCCUCCCCUUGCCACCCCUAGCGUGUCCAGAUCCCAAAUCCAGCAGCAGGUGAGCAGACGGAGCACCUGGGUCCCUGUCCUCUGUCUUGGAGCCACCUGCUUGGGAGCAAUGGGGGACUGGAGCAUGCCCAUCAGCUCGCUGGGAGAGGAAGUGGUGGCCCGGCUGUGUGAGCUGCUGGAUAACGCCGGCCGAGGCUGGCGCAAGCUGGCCGAGCUGGCCGGGGCCGAGAAACGCUUCAAGUGCAGCACGGAGGAGCUGGAGAUGUGCUCGCUGAAGGUGCUGGAGCCCCGAGGCAGCCCCACACAGUGCCUGCUGCAGCUCCUGGCCGAGCGUGACUGCACCCUCAGGUACCUGCUGGGCUGCCUGGAGCGCAUGGGGCACGAACAGGCCUGCCGGGUCCUCAGCUCCGCCGUCCAGGAUGCGAUUCACAUCAUGGUGCAGCCGGAGUCUCAGGUGGUGGCAGAGGGGACACAGGUGUCCCUGACCUGCUGUGCGACUGGCCCGCCAGGGCUCACAUACCAGUGGUUCUGUGGGAGGCAGGAGGUGCCUGGAGCCACAUCCCCAGAGCUGGUGAUUGACACAGCCACACCGGCAGGCCAGCCUGAGUGGUACAUCUGCCGGGUGAACUGUGGGGCCACCUUCGCCUUCUCCAGGUGGGCUCAUGUCCAGGUGGAGAAGAGCAGCAGCCCCAGUUCAGCCAGUGGCUACUGCCCGAGCAUGGCAGGGCUGCAGAUCGUGCGGCAGCCGCGGCCGUGCUACCUGGCCGAGGGGGACACGCUGGCGCUGGAGUGCAGAGCCAUUGGCAACCCCCCACCCCAGUACCAGUGGUUCAGGAACCGGCGCCCUGUGGAAGGAGCACAGGCACCCCAGCUCCAGGUGAAGCUGGUGACAACAGCUGAGCGGGGCAGCUACUCCUGUCGUGUGUUCAACCUCUUCCACGAGGUGUGGAGCCAGGAGGUGGAUGUGGAGAUUGGCCCACGGCUCUUCACCUGUGGAGGCUCCUGGCAGGAGGGCGAUGGAGGCUCCCUAGAGCAUGGCAGCCCUGGACAGCUGUACGCCACGGACAAAGUGGCGCUGCUGAUUGGCAACAUGCACUACCUGCACCACAAGCAGCUGCAGGCGCCCAUCGUGGAUGUUCAUGCCCUCAGUGCCCUCCUCAGCCAGCUUGACUUCAAGGUGGUGUCCCUGCUGGACCUGCGCAAGGCCGAGAUGCAGAUGGCUGUCGAUGAGUUCCUCCUCCUCCUUGACAAGGGCGUCUACGGUUUGCUCUACUAUGCCGGGCACGGCUAUGAAAAUUUUGGCAACAGCUUCAUGGUGCCCAUUGAUGCUCCCAGCGCCUACACGUCGGAGCACUGCCUGUGUGUGCAGCAGGUGCUGCGGGAGAUGCAGCAGCGCCGCACUGGCCUCAACAUCUUCCUGCUUGACAUGUGCCGCAAGAGGAACCUCAAUGAUGACGUCAUUCCACAGGUUGGGGCGCUGGAGGUCACGGCCAACAUCGUCUUUGGCUAUGCCACGUGCGCAGAUGCUGAAGCCUAUGAGCUGAGCCAGGGGGAGCUCUCCAAUGGCAUCUUUGUCACCUUCCUCAAGCGCUGGCUGCUGGAGGAUGAGAAGAUCACGGUGCUGCUGGAUAAGGUGGCCGAGGACAUGGGCACUCUGGAGAUCACUCGGGGCCGGCAGGCACUGGAGCUUCGCAGCAACCUCUCAGAGAGACGGGCUCUGACAGACCCCAUCCGCCCCCCAGGCCAGGAUGAGUCCUCUGCCAGGAACCUGCAGUGGGCCAAGGCUCACGUCCUGCCAGAGAGCCGGCACCUCUGCUUUGACUGCGGUGUCACCGUCCAGCUGGGCUUCGCAGCCGAGUUCUCCAACAUUAUGAUCAUCUACACGCGUGUGGUGGCUGCCCCCAAGGACAUCACCAAGUGUGAGGCUCGGCUCACUGAUAUUCCUGAGGAGCUGGAUGUGGACCUCAAGUGCACCAACAAAGAGAGCCCAGAGGAGCUGGGCAGCCCGCUGGUGCCCAUCUGGAGCCUCGGCUGCCCCUCCUGCUGCCUCUACAGCCGGAUCUGUGGCUUGCAGAAGCUGCGGCAGGAGCUGGCCUUCACCGUGUGCCUGCAGUACCGCUACCAGGGCAUGGACGACUUUGUGGAGGAGCGGCAGCGGGUGAACGUGGGGCGGCCGCUCAUCGCCAAGCUCAACCUGCAGGCCUCCCCCUCACCGCCCCACAGCCUCCUCUCCUCCUCUUCCCCUGGCAGCUGGGGGCUGGUGGAGAGCUCGUGGGUCAACACCCCUGAGGAGAACCUGAGCCCUGAGGGCCCCAGCUCUGACACCCUGUAAAGGGACAGUGAGGCCCCCUGCCCUGUCAGCGCAGUGCCCCGGUGUCACGUCUGUCUUGCUGGGGGCUAGGGCUGGACGGGGUGGAGGUGACGUGCACAGAGGCUGGGCUCCAUCCUGGCCUGUGCCAAGGGGUGCAGGUCUCACCUCACAGCAUGACUGGGAUGUGCCCCAGCCACACGUCCCUGGCAUGGCAAUGCCAUCCCCACAUCCCUCGGCAGUGCCAGUCCCACAUCCCUGGGCAUGGCAGUACCAGCCCCAGGUCCCUGUGCAGUGCCAGCCCCACGUGCCAGGCCACCACCGGGCAGUGCCAGGGGCAGAUUGCCCAGAGACCACGGCUCAGCAGGCUCGAGGCGUCGUGCCGGGGCAGGGCUGGGUUCGUUCAGGCCUGGGAGAAAUAGAGAGAAAUAAGCAGCUUAGGGGGCAAAUCCCGCAGGAGGAGAUUACAGGGGGUGGGAGCGGGAGGGCUCCUGUUCGGCCACGAGGGGGUGGGAGCAUCCCCUGGUACCCCCAGCGCUCUCUGUAGCACCCACUUCUCACAGUACAAUGCCAGGAACCGGCCCCAUCUGGGCAAUGAGCGAUUUCAGGACAGGAUUGGGAUCUAAGGGGAAAAAAAUGCAUUUUCGCUUGAAUUUUUCCCACACAAACCCCCACAUGCUGGGACAGGCUCCAGUGGGUAUCCACCGGGGAAAGCACCAAUAAAGUGGUCCGGCCAGGUGCUCGGCGCUUCUGCGU